GCGAAACAGGCGCUACAGUAUUAUUGUAAUCGGUAAUCGCAAAGUCGUCCUGUGCUGGUGGGUGUGUUCGAUUGCGUGAAGGCAAGGACACGGAAAACAUCGUCGCCUGAAGAGUGUGAGCCUGAAUUGUGCCGUGUCCCUCGCUUGGUUCUGGUUACAGAUCGAUUUCGAUUGCGCAUCGUGUGUUGUUUCGUGUUUUCUGGCUGAAACACUGCUGACCAUUAUCAUGGCCGACAUCGUAAAGAUCGCAGGGGCUCACAUCCUCAUAUACGAGGCCUACUACAAACAGCUCGACCCACAGGAAACGAACGAAAUACCAGCAAUGCCUGCGGCCAAGUUCCUCAAAAGAUCCGGUCUCAGCGACGUGGUGCUCAGUCGCAUCUGGGAGUUGUCAGACCCGAACGGCAACGGAUUCCUUACAAAGGAGGGCUUCUUCGUGUCGCUCAAGUUGAUCGGUCUGGCACAGGAAGGUUCGGAGAUGAACGUCAAAAACGUUUACCAAGAACUGUCGAAACCACCGAAAGUGGGUGACUUGCCCAAAGUUCCGGCUCAGGUAAAAAUGCUCCCGCCCGAAAGUACCGAUUGGUCGAUGCGCCCGGAGAAACGCCAGCAGUACGAGCAACUGUUCGAGUCACUGGGCCCCGUGGAUGGUCUGCUGCCCGGUGCGAAGGUACGCAACACGCUCAUGAACUCGAAGCUGCCAGUGUUGACGCUCGGCCGCAUCUGGGAUUUGGCUGACCAAGACCGGGACGGUAGCCUGGACAAGCACGAGUUCUGUGUGGCCAUGCACCUAGUGUACGAGGCGCUUGAUAAGCGUGCCAUUCCGGCGGUGCUUCCGCCGCAGCUACAACGCAACUAUGCCGCCCCCGGAGCAGCGACGAAUGGUAACGGUUCGUUCGAUGCUUUCGGUGGCGAUGGCUUUGUGGCCAACUUUCCGACCGAUAUUGCACCACCACCGGUCGUGCCACCACUUCCGGCUGCGCUCAAUCGACCACCGUCCGCCGUGGGUGGUGCCAUUCCACCGAUGAUUCCGCCCGUUCCGAUGGUUCCCCUUCUGCCGGGUAGCACCGGACCGAUCGAAGUGACCAGUUGGGUCGUUUCGCCACUGGAGCGCUGCAAGUAUGAGGAAAUCUUCAACAAAAGUGACACCGAUCGGGACGGGCUCGUGUCGGGUCUCGAGAUCAAGGAUGUGUUUCUGCAGUCAGGCGUGGCGCAAAACAAACUCGCCCACAUCUGGGCCCUCUGCGAUACGCAUCAGUCGGGCAAACUAAAGCUGGAAGAGUUUUGUCUGGCGAUGUGGUUCGUCGAUCGCGCCAAGAAGGGUAUCGAUCCACCGCAAACGUUAGCCCCCAACAUGGUGCCACCAAGUUUGAGAAAAAGUUCACUCAUUCAGGCUCAGGAACCACCGCAACCGACCUACAGCAAUCCGGAACUGGAGAUGAUAUCCAAAGAGAUAGAAGAGCUGGCCAAAGAGCGUCGUCUGCUGGAGCAGGAAGUAGCGCAGAAGGAGGCCGACGUGCGAAUCAAGAGUGGAGAGCUGAGAAGUUUGCAAAGCGAACUGGACACACUGACGGCCACUCUGAAGCAGCUGGAAAACCAAAAAGGUGAAGCUCAGAAGCGUCUGGAUGAUCUCAAGAAUCAGGUGAACAAAAUUCGUGACCAGUGCCAGAAGCAGGAGGCCACACUCAAGGAGCAAGAAGGUGAGCUGGACUCGCGUCGUUCCGAGUUGCAGAAACUGAAGGACGAAGAACAGGCGUUGGAGAAGGAGUACCACGCCGGCACAAGAGAGGUCGAUCAGCUUACCUCGCAGCUGCAGGACACGCAGCUAGAAAUUAGCCAGGUGAAGGCAAUGGUCAGCCAGAUCCAGGAGUACCAGCGGCAGAUGACCGAUGCCCUGUCCAUGUUCAGAACAGCAAUCGAAGAGAACGAUCCGAUUCUGGUGUCGGAUUACUCGCUAAAGAUCGAGCCCGAGUUCCGCGAAGCGAAACAAGCGCUCGAGGACAAAGAAGUGGAGAACGCCAACAAGCGUGACCCAUUCGGGGACAACAGGGCGAACGGAUUCAACGCCGCUGAGGCCGAGACCGGGUUUGGUGAUGAUUUUAAAACGAACGGUUUCGCGACCCAGUUUGAUUCGGGUCCACACGGUGUCAGUAGCGCCGGAUUCGGUGAUGAAGGAUUUGGAGCAUUCGACCAUUCAAACAUGGCUGGCAACAAACCGCACACUGCCGAUCCCUUCGCAGCGUCCACCGUCGAUCCGUUUGCCGAGCGAAAGGGUAGUGGCACCGAAGCGGUGGCCAAAGACGAGUUUGGAUGUGAUCCGUUUGCCAUUCUGCAUGCACCUACCACCGGACAAGCGCUUACACCCAGUCCCAGCCGAUCGGUUGCUCCACCGCGGCCGGAAUCUCCCAGCCCGGCACUACCGCCGAAGAAGGCGAAGCAACCUCCACCGCGGCCGGCUCCACCACGACCAAUGCAGGGUCCUACACCUACCAAACCUGCACCGCCGGCGUCGGAUGCCUUCGGUGAUAGUAGCGGCGGUGGCAGCUUCGCCAACUUUGCCGACUUCGACAAUAAGUGAAUAUCAUCUUAACAGUAGCUAUUAAGACACUAACCAAUAACCAUGGUGCAUGAGUGAUACUCUCGAGCAGCAAGAGAGAGAGAGAGAGGGCCUCGUAGUAACGACGCAAUGUAUAAGAUACGAAAACUAAUCUACAAAAAAAACCCACAGUGUGUGCCUCCUGCACCAAAUAACGCGACAAUGCACUAUGUAGCUUGAACAUUCCUUCCAUAACGUUGGACGGCCACUAGAAUCUCAGAUAACCACCUAGUACUAUCGGAAGCGCAGAGUGUCACGGCGUGUCACUUAUCGAAGUGUAGACCACUACAGUUUGCAUGCCGUUCCCGUUUCUUUCUCGCUACCAUCGAUUAGGUGAGGCUUCGACGUAAAAUAUAUAGUUUCUCGUAUCGCGAAAGUCGGUGCAAUAUCACACUCGAGGCGAGGUUCCAAUCAAAUGAAAGUACUCCGAAGGAAUAUCGGAAUUAGUAUAUCGCAGAACAAUGUAUGAAUUGUUCUUAUUGUUUUUCAUUCAUUGUUGACUCUUGAGCCGAAAUGAAAAUACCAAGCAAAAUUCCUAUUCCUCCUCACUAACGAAUAUCGUGUCAUACGAAAGGGACAUUAUCAAGCUCUACUUACAAAAGCAACAGUGCAUACGAAAGUAACUAUAUUUACCUGACAGAUUAGAACGAGGUUGGAAAAUAGCUUCAAAAUAGAUGAAUUGCAUGCCGAUGUGUGAAAGGCCGAAUUGGGUUUCCUUAUCCUCUUUUGAGUCUGUUUAUGAAUGCGCAACAUGGUGCACUAUUUUCCUGUGUUAUAGCCACGAUUUGUUCGACCAAAGCGGUCGACAUAGGAAUUGAUCUUUCUCUUCGGUCUGGUGAUACCAAGUUAUGCUUGCCACACCACUUACCACGUAUCAAUCACUUACAGGAUGGCUUCCAAGCUGUCUUCUUGUUUAAUUCUAUUCGAUCAUUAUUCUAUCAUUUCGAUCAGUUUAACUAUGAAUAGGUUUUCAUAUGGUUUUUAUCACUCAACCGGCUUCUUUUUUGAACCGGAAAUACUUCAACGAACCAGAAUGUACCUAGCACUAAUAUUUCGACACAGGUGGAAUGAUACAUAAUUAACGUAACGUAAAAACUAGAUAUAACCGAUUGUUCGAAUGGUCAUCGCAAAGCAGCACACAUUACAGUCUGGUGGCACCCCGAAAGUAGCAGUCGCUGUAGUAUCCGAACGGAAGCAUGACUCGAGAUAUUAAAGCAUAAGAAAAGUCUAUAUACAAAGAACCAAUUUCACGCGAAACGAAGACGAAGCGGAAGUGGCGGAUAAAUCACAUAACCAUAGCUCGAAUUAAACAAACGUCAUCGUCGUGUAAGGCUACCAGUGGGUGGGCCGCAUCCAAUUACAUUCAAAACCAAACGUUGUUCUUUAGCAAUUCCAAAUAAUGGUGCAAUGCAUAGUUAAUUAUGUUACUUAUUAUAGCAGUGAGUCUUUAACUGGCGGAAGAAAGCUAAAUCUAUCUAAUCUGUGGGAUCUUCCGGCAAAUAUCGCAAAUGCAAAUCACAUUGAGACGAAAUGCAAACUCUAAGCCCAUUCUACAUGAUCAAUAACACUGUGUUUGUGGAAUUCAUUGUUAUGUUUCUAAUCAGCUUCUCUAUAAAAGCACUAACCUGUUUUACACUGUACUAUCUAA